AUGGGCGCAUUUACGCAAUUGCGACUACUCUUAUGGAAAAAUAUCCUACAACAGUGGCGGUCACGAUGGUUCACGCUGUUCGAGUUUUUCGUCCCGCUUAUCCUCUUGGGAGCGUCAUUUGGUACAAUGAUUGGGGUUCGUUAUUCUUGAAAUUUAAGAAAAAAAAAGACGGUGAAAACGAAAGUUCUUUCUAUAUUUUCGAUAUUACGGUAGGGUUUCGAACCGCGAACACAGUGAUUUUCGCUACCGGUGCUCAAAUAUCAAUGGAAUGAUAUGAAGUCCGAACGUUCACAAAGGGCAACUGUUAUUUUUUUAUCCAUCGCAAACUAUUAAAAAAACAGGACUUUUUGAAAAUUUCUUUUUUUUCAACACAAAAGAAUGUUUUUUAUCGGUAUCAUGAAUCCUUUUCUGUAUUUUUGACAGUAUCUUCUCUCAAAAAUUUUUUGAAAUUCACUCCUAAACUUAUUUUUUUAAAAUUUGGUUCUGGUUUUAGAGAGAUCCAUAAUUUGAAGGAAGCUUAAAUUUUUUUGAAAAAUGAAAAAGUUCAUUAAUGCAUUUAUUAAUUUUGUUGUAGCACUCAAGGGUCAAACCCUAAACACCUAUAGGGACCGCUUUUUCGGGCUUUGUCGAGGCUGUUCUUCUUCUUACCCCUAUAGGGACCACUCUAAGAUCACUUUACGGUAGAGGCGAUGCGCGCGAACGUUUGAAUUUCUUGUUGCUCAAGUGCUUCAGAUGAUUUUUUUCUUGUUCAUUUCAGUUGUAUCUUUAUCUGUUUGGUUCUGAUUUACGGAAAUUAUUUUUCAUUGUGACAGCAAAAUGCGAAGGAAUUUUUUUGUUUUUUUAAUUUUAAAAAUUAACUGCUCGGUUUUGACAAACUUUCCCUUUUUAAAGCAAAAAUCCUUUCAGCAAAAAUUUUUCAGUGUCAAAUUAAAUUUUUAUUCGAGUCAAUCAAUCCCUUCAUUUUCGCAACAUCAGAAUGGUAUGGCGAUGUUGCAGGGGAGAAAAAAAACCACUCGGUGGAUGAACUAAACAAACCUGUAAAGAAAACUUCUUUUUGAUUUUUAAUGAGUGGGGAAAAACACAAAGAACCACAAUAAGCCAUUUUCGGCACAAAAUUCCACGUUGGUAACUGAAAAAAAAAGUACUUUAACUCAUUUUGAGGGUGAAAAGGGAUAAAAGUGUUCAAAAAAUAAGAAAACUUUCACCCAAAUGUUUUUUUGUCAACUAGAAAAGGAAUUGUGAAAGGAUGAAUUUUUUUCACGUCUAUAGUUUGAAAAAACGCUAUUUUUCGAAGGAAAAAAAAUUUUCGAAUUUUAUGAGUGUGCGAGUUAGCGUCGUUGUGUGUAUGCACAAAAUACGCCGAAUAUUACGGAAAUAGUGGGAGGCCUCCCACAAUUUCCGUAAGGGGCGUCGUCAAAAGAACGCCGUGAGAUUUCUGAGUAUAUGUUUUCAGUUCUCCGGCUCUUUUGAAAACGCUCACGAUGAAACCGUGUACCCAACUUGGGCAGUCACCGGCAGUGGUUACGAUUUAAUCAUGCCUACGAACACAUCCAAUCUUAAUGUAAGUUUAUUCUUUUCCUACUUUUUCCAAUAAAAACUUGCACUAUAUCAAUGAAUCUUGUCAUUUUCAGGGCGCCAUGAUCGACCCGUCCAUAUUUUUCAACAUUCAACCCGAAUGUCAGUUUCUCAACGUCACAAAAACAGGAGACACUAAUUUUUUGAUAAGUAAUAUUAAUUGGAAGAUUCUUUUUAUUUUUCAUGAAUUCAGAAGUUGAUUUGGCGUACGCACCAGCGAACCCAGCAACCACGGACAAAAUUAUGGAAAUUAUUAAGGUGUCGCUGAUUUAGACUCAAUUUUAAAAGAAUUUCAGAGUAGAUAUAUGAUUGAUAAUGUCGUCAGCAAGUUGAUGCCUUAUUUCGAAGCGCGGGGAAUUUUUUUCCCUCCCGUGGGAAUCGAUGUGAAAAUGGACUACAAAGGUUUUUCUUCCCUUGAGAAUGAUACAUUUUGAAUUUAACUCAAGGUUUCAAAAACGAAGAUGAUAUGGUCAGUUACAUGCUGGAUUCAUUUGUCAAUCAAUGCGGAAACCCUUUGCUAGGUUCCAGACUUUUUAAAAUUUCUUUGAAAGUUUUAAUCUUCAGCUGGGAUCGUUUUCGACGAUUCAAUUUCCAAAAAUUUACAAUCUUCAAGCAGUUUUUCCUACACGAUUCGGUUGGCCAAUACAAACCGACGUCUUCAGGCGGUUGGUUAUAAUAUUCCAUUGACGAUUUAGCCCAGGAAAUUUGAACCAACAUCGGCGUAGUUAUAAAAUAUGCCUCCUUAUCGAAAUAAUGAUAAGAUAGUUCAUUUUCCGUUUUCUGCUUUGUGUCCAUUAUUCGCAGAACCAUUAAAUAUGCCAAGUUUGAAGGCGAGUCUGAAGAAUACAUCUAUGGAAAAAUGUAGAAAAAAAGUUCGCUAACCAAAGUUGCGCACAAGUUAUUAUAGAAGGGCUGUUUUUUUGCUAGAACAAAAAAACGAAUCCAAAAACUUCAUUGUUCAAAUUUUCAAAUAAAAAAUCAGAACCACGAGAAAGGCAACUCAAUUUAUGAUGAAAGGAGCUCAGCAAAAUCUGAAAUAUCGACUUUUUUUUUAAUUGUGUGCUUUCCUUUAUUUGGGCCAGCUGUCCCAACAGGGUUUACCCGUUUUAAACCUGCGUUUUUGAGGUUAUUUUUGUUUUAGUUUUGAUAAAACGAAAUAGGUGACCCAGUUAUGUUUAUUUCAAAAACCUGAGAUCCAACUUGGCUAAAUAAGGCCCUUAGUUGUUGUAAAAGUUCUAGCAGCUGGGCUUAUACGGUCAUAAUGCGGGUACGCCCGCUGGUCUUUCUUCGUCAGCAUGAACGCUCUUAAGAUCUAAUUUUCAGUUUGGAAACAACUAUGCUCCAUGGGACACUAGCCAGAUCUUUUCAGUGCAAUACGUCAGUGGCCCAAUCAAUCCGAAUGACGCCGACGGAGGCUAUCCAGGUUGUUUCGAAACCCGGAAAAAUCAAAUUGAUUGACUUUAUCCAUUCAGGAUAUUGGAAGGAGGGCUAUAUGACGGUACAGAAAGCGGUUGACGCCGCGAUUAAACAGAUCUUGACGAAUGAAGUCGUUGAUCCGAUUGAAGACGCUGUUAUGGUAAGUAUGAUUUUAGAGAGGAAUUUGGGAAAAAAAAAUCUUUAUUGUGCCGGACUAGAAACGACUUGCGCGUGCAGCCAACUGAGCUAACUGCAGAAGUGUUAACCCUCGCUUCCAGCAUAUUCUCGUUCUGUGAAACUUUUUCUCUUGGGCUAUGUCGUUUUAUUGACCCCUACAUUAGUAGAAUUAGAGGUUACUUAAGUGACUAGAUUUUAGUUGCUUCUUUAGGAUUUUAAGCGGUAGCACUAGGCCUGUAGUGUCCCACUUUAGUGUCCUCUCAAGCAACCCUUGAGAAACCACUCAAAGGGGCCACUAGAGUUUUUUCUAGACCGUUAGAAAUUUUGAACUGCUCCGAACCCUCAUUAGAAAUACUGUUAAAAUCUUUUCAUGUUUUUUUAUUUUUAUUCAACAAAAAUAAGUUUUUAACACGCUGUCUCUGUAACUGUCAAAAAGGGGUACAAAAAAAUUUUUUUAUUUUUCUGAUUUCUAUGAAACUCUCUCCAGCGUGAUAACGCAUCAUCAGAAAAUGCGGUCGCAACUUUUUGAGCCAUUUCUUCUUACUGUAGCCAGGUUACGGUAGGCAGGUGGGCACCUGUGUAUCUGAAAAUCGCAGAGUUUUUACUAGGCAAUAUCAAUCGAUAUUCCAUGUAAUUACGAUGCGAUUAUAUGCCGACGGCCAGGGUGACCGACAACCGACUUUUCCAAAGCCAAAAAUUACCGUAACUCGCAAAUUUCUACAGUAACUCAAGAUGGUAUAUACUGUGAAAGUUCCUUAAAAUUCUAUUACCUAUCGAUUGAUAUAUCACUUGCCUAGUAAAAACUCUUCAAUACUUAGAUACGCAGGUGCCCACCUCCCUACCGUAACCCGGCUACAGUAGAAGUAAAUGGCUCAAAAAGUUGUGUCCGCAUUUCUGAUGAUGGGUUAUCACAUUGAUUGAAAUUUUAUCGAAAUCAGAAAAUCAAAAUUUUUUUCUACUUUUUGAAAAGUGCAGAGACAUCGUGUUAAUCUCGAAAUUCGAGGAUUUGCAGGUCGGCCGUUAUCCAUUCCCUCCGUAUACCAACAAAAUAAUCGAAAUCGGAGUUUUCUUCAUCCCCAUCAUCAUCAUUUUCUCCUAUAUGACCAGCGUCAUUUAUAUCGUUCGAACGAUUGUUAUGGAGAAGGAGAAUCGGUUGAAGGUUGGGACGGGCCUCUGAAUCUUCGAAAGCAGCCUCGGAUGAACUAUUUCAGGAGUACAUGCGAGUGAUGGGAAUGUCACAAUGGGUGAACUGGCUUUCCCAUUUCAUUGUCAAUUAUUUCAAGAUGAUCCUCGCUGUCAUUAUCCUCACUGUUUUACUUCAUUUCGUCGCUCUGAAGUUAGUUUUGCUGGGAGAAUCUCUGGUGGCCACUUGAGAGGUUUCUCGAGGAAUACUUGGAGAGAACACUAAAGUGGCCACUGAAAUCGCCUCUAUAUAAGCCUAUAUUCUGUAUCUAAGUGGCCACUCAGAGUUUUCCGGGGUCUACUAGUACCACCUAGACUCGUAAGAAGUCAUUUGAUUUUAGUCACUUAAGGGGCCACUAAUUCGACUACAAUGGUGACCUCUAGAACUCAAAAACCCUGAAGUGGCCACUAAAAAUUUUAUUAGUAUAAUUGUGUUCAUUUUCUCGAAAUAAGUUGCCAGAAUAAGAGGAUAUAAGACCGAAAUUGAAACCUAGUACUAGGAGUUUCUAAUAAUUUUGAAUCUCAAAAUUUCCAGUGUGAACUUUAGGAAGAGGUAAUUUAUGUGAGAAAAAAAUUUAUUCAAAAAAGUUUUAUAUUUUUGUCCAAAUUUUCCAUCAAAAAGUUAAAUAUCAGAUCGGAUAUGACUGUGAUGUUCGUCUUCUUUCUCCUCUACGCCUACUGUGCCCUCUAUUUUGCGUUCUUGAUUUCGACCUUUAUGCAAUCAGGUAUCACCCAUGAAAUGCUUCUGAAUAUCGUAAUUUUUUCAAAAAGGAACCGCCGGCACAAUGAUGGGGGUUGUUGGCUGGAUGCUUCUCUACUUCUGGUACGCCUUCUUCAGCGGAAUAGACCAGGCCCAGCCGUUCCCAUUCUCCACUCGGAUGGUCAACUGUAUCAAUCCGGACGUUGCCAUGGGCUUGGGAGUGACUUUAUUGGCUCAAUAUGAGACUCAAGGUGCUUUUCCGAGUCGCAAAAUGGCGAAAAGUCGCAAGGAAUUUAAGGCUGGAAUAGUUUUUGAAGGCCACUUGGGCUUUGACGUUUUGGUGGCCACUAUAGUAGCCGAAUUAGUGGCCGCUUAAGUGACUAAAUUCUCUCCAAGUAGAUCUUUUGGGAUCUCUUAAAUGGCCACUAGAGUUUUUCCCAGUUACAAGAAAAGGGGUUUUCAUUCGUGGACUCGCAUGUACAUUCUUUUAAUUUGAAUCAACUGGGAAGAAAAACUCUAGUGGACACUCAGGAGACUACUUGGAGAGGGCACUAAAGUGACCACUAAAACCAACUCGUUAGAAGCCACUAAUUCGCGUUUUAGUGGCCACUACAGUAGUUUUCAGGGUCUAGGCCAUUUAGUUUCUUAACGAAGCCAUCCAAUUUUGGUCCCUCCAGGGGCCACUAAAACCUCAAAACCCUAUAUUGGUCGCUAAAAGUUUUUGCAGAAAGCCUAAAAACCGCAUCAUUUUUUUAAAUUACCUUUUUCUCAUUUUUUUUUCUCUAUCAGUAAAUAUAUCCUUGCUGCUCUCUCAGCCUUGGCUGAAAGAUGAUUUUUUUUUUUCGAAAAGUUCCUAUCAUUAGAUACUAUUUAUAACUUUUUUCAUUUUGCAAAAUGUCCAAUAUUUCAGCCGACGGACUCAAAUGGAGUCUUCUUUUCACCCCGCCGACCCCAGACAACGCACUGGCCCUAGGUCACUUGAUGAUCAUGUUGGUCAUUGACGGGCUCAUUCUGAUGCUCCUCACCUGGUAUUUCGAGGCGAUUUAUCCUGGCGGCGAAGGUGUCCCCCAGAAGCCUUGGUUCUUCGUUUUGGUGCUCGAUUAUUUUGAUUCUGAAAAAUAUCUUGAACACCCAGCCGUCAUAUUGGUUCCCCUACUCGGCGUCGAAAACUCACUCGGCGGAAAAUCAACGUCAGACGGUCAAUUAUGAGUCGUGGGUCAAACUCGAAGCUGAGCCGAGCUUGAAGGUGGGUAGAAAUUAUUUAAAGGGAUAAAUUUUGGCAAUUUUAGCCGACGAUCAAUGUGGUGAACUUGAACAAAGUCUAUGGUACCUCGUUUUUCAAGAAGCUCUUUGAUUGCAACUUUGGAAAGUUGAGCGAGAAGAAGGUUGGUUGAGGAAAAUGGACAAUCUGUGUGUGUCUGGAAAAACCUCUAGGGGCAACUUGAGAGGUUACUCAAAGAAUUCUCGAAAAAGACGUUAAAGUGCCCGCUAAAAUCAGCUCUACAGAAACCACUAUUUUUGCGUCUGAGUGGUUUUCCACUUGUACUCCUAUUUUUUAAUCACUUAAUUUAUCAUUAACUCGACUUUUAUACCGGCUAUCAGAACGUCAAAAGCCCUAAAGUGGCUACUAAAAUUUCUCACUUUCGAAAAAUUUGAUACUGUAGAGAACAGUUAUUAUUUAUUUAUAAUUAUUGAUUUGGUAAUUUUAAAGCGAUAAUCUACAGCGGAAAUUGAGGAAUAGAAAAAAACUCUUUGUUGAAAAAAACUAACAAAAAAAGCUUUUCUAUCACAUUUGGUUCAAAAGUUCCGGCCUAAAAAAAUAGCAAUUGAUAUUUUAAUUUCAAAAAGCUCACAAAAAUGUUAACUAAAAACUGAAGUUCAAAUUUUGAGCUUAGUUUUUCUGAGAACCUUUGUGCUUUACAGAGGGAUCUUCGAAAUUUUCAGUUUGAUCAAUAAAAGGAAAGCUAUUUUUAUAUUUUCAAAGACAUCAUUCUUGGCAGUAUUUUAUUUUAAUCGUCCCAUUCGUAGGCAGUGGAAAAGUUGAACCUGAAAAUGUACCCCGGCCAGAUAACCGUCCUGCUUGGACACAACGGCGCAGGCAAAAGUACAACUUUCAGCAUGUUGACAGGUUAUCAAAAACGUUCAGAAGUCAAAAAGAGAAUUUUUAAUUCUUAGGCGUCGGUGUUCCGACUUCUGGCACGGCCUAUAUCAAUGACUAUGAUAUCCGCGAGAGUUUGCCAAAGAUCCGCAAACAAAUGGGCCUUUGCCCCCAGUACAACACAUUAUUCGACAACCUGACCGUCAUGGAACACUUGGAAUUCUUCUGCAAACUGAAAGAAAGACCCUAUGACGAGAAAGACGCCAUGGAUACUUUGGAGAAGCUGAAGAUUGGUUAGGUUUUCUAUAAUCUCCAUGUUGAAACGCCAUGGUGGUCACUAUGAAGGCACUCUUAGGGGCUCUUGUAAGUUUCUCUCAAGGGACCACUUUGCAAUCUCCUAUAGAGACCAGUAGAGCUUGUAAAAGUGGCCACUCUAGGGAAGCGUGCUAGUGGACCCUACAGGUCUAUAUUGCUACUUUCAAAUCAGAACAAUAGAAAAAGGGCCGCUAUAGGGAAAAAUUUAGCUUUAGGGCCAGACGGGUCAGACCCAAGACCUCUACAGGGACCACCUAACUUUUGCCCCUCUAGGGAACACUUUUUUUCCGCCAUAUUUAGGAACUCCAUAAUGGUACCUAUAGAGGCAAUCUUAUGGUCACGUGUGGGUCCUCCUUUAGGAACCACUUAACCCCUAUAAGGGCUCCUAAACCUUGCAGAAUUGGUCAUUAUAGGGGUUUCGGUUAGUGUCCCAUAUAGAAAACAUGCUAGUCGAUUUUUGUCAUAGUGUAUAUCAAUCGAUAGGAAGUUCAAUUUUAAGAACUUUUUCAGUACAUACCAUCAUGGGUUACUGUAGAAUUUUUUUGAGAAACAUUUCCAUACGAUAAGCUCAAUAAACUAGUGAUAUUUGAAUAGAAAAUGUCAACAGCAUAAAUUAAUCAAGUUUUUCUUGACCACUCAAGCUUUAAGGGUCAGACUCUAAACAUCUACAGAGACCACCUAAAAUUUUACCCCUAUGCAAGACACUUUUUUGUCCGCUGUCGACACUGUUGAUCUCCGAACUCCUGUAGGGAUCACUACAGCGUUCCUACGCAGGGACUUUUUCCCUAAUCCCUCUACUGACCACUUUGGCGAUUCUAAUGGUGUUGGUUCAGAGUUCAAGGCGAAUGCGUUUGCGGGAACCUUAUCCGGUGGUCAGAAACGCAAGCUUUCGUUGGCUAUCGCUCUGAUUGGAGGCUCUGAGGUUUGAAACCGAGAAGAAAAAUCGUGGGAGAUUUUAAAGAUUUUCGAGAUUUAAGGUCAACUUUAUAGAGUUUGAAGUCAACAACAAUGGACUUUUGAAUGUUCAAAUGCACUUUUUUCGAGAUUUUUUUUCAAAAUUUCAUAGGAGCAGAAUACGAUAACCUUAGAACAUUUUUAGUAAAAAUAUUUUAUUUAAAGAUUGUAAUGCUCGACGAGCCGACGUCAGGAAUGGAUCCGGGGGCUCGUCAUGAGACCUGGACCCUGCUUCAAGCUGAGAAAGCCCAAAGAACCAUUCUCCUGACUACACAUUUCAUGGAGGAAGCUGAUUUGUUGGGAGAUCGGUACGGGUUGUUUUAUUUUGAAAAAGGCAUAUGUCAAAGUCUCUGAAAAAGACUAACAGAGAUUCAAUUUGAUCCAUCCUCCUAAAAUAGGAAUAUUCUGACUUUUAUGUUUCUUUUUCACUUACCGAUGAAGUCUUAGAGACAUCAAAAUAAUUAGAAAACUUCUAGUUUUGUCUAAACCUCUCAUUUCGCACAUUGUCUCGCUGAGCGAGUCGAGGAUUUAUUUUUGUCUAAAGUCAGUCUUUAAUGAACCAUACUCAUAGAAGGAACUUUUUUACUACCCUGGGACAAUUUUCAGUGACCUCUUCAGAGGUUUGACAUUUUAUUGGCCCCUCCAGUAGUCGAUUUAGUGACCACUUGAGUGACAAAAAUUUAGUGGUCACUUUAGAAGUCCGUGGUACUACUAGACUUUAAAAACUACUAAAGUGCCAACUAAGACACAAAAUAAAUUUUCUAUUGAGGUGGCUUCAGUGGCCCCUUAAUGUCCUCACCAAGUAGUCCUUUAGGGACCUCUUCAGUCCAGUUUUACCCAGCAUUUUGGUCUUUUAAAAAUUUUGAAUAUUUUUUAGCUGAUUCUCCAAUGUCUACAUCUAGCCAAUUGAUAAAUAAAUAUGUUUCCUCAGAAUCGCCAUAAUGGCUCAUGGUCAGUUGGAAUGUUGCGGUUCGGGAAUGUACCUCAAGUCGCAAUACGGCGACGGCUAUCACCUGACGAUCGUCUACGGCUCCCCAGAACGUGCCGACACCGUCGGAACCGCCCAACUCAUCAGAGAGUUCGUUCCGGACGCUAAAAUGGCUUCUUUCGUCGGCCAAGAGGCGACUUUCUUGCUCAAUGCCACUCGUCGGAGCAGGUCUGAACAGCGGCUUGAUACUCUUUUGCAUGUUCUUCAGGUUUCCGUCGAUGUUCAAGAGUCUCGAAGAACGACAAGUUCAGUUGGGAAUCACGUCUUUCGGUGUCUCGAUCACCACGAUGGAGGAAGUUUUCUUGAAGUUUGAAUUUUUAUUUGAAUCGAGUUCCAACUCAUUCUGCUUCAGAGUAGGUGACCAGGCCGAAGAACGUUUCCUUGAGCGAGAACACGGAAAAGAGAACAGCGACGAGCAGUUGCUAGCUCAAGACGAUCCUGAACUUAAAAGUUGAAUACUUCUGAAAAUACAAAGAAAUUCGAAUUUCAAGACCUCCGCGCAACGGAGAGACUCACUGGCGUCGCACUUCAGCUACAGCACGCCAAGGCGAUGUUCAUCAAACGCGCCAUUUAUUUCUUCCGCAAGUGGACCUUGUUCAUCACGCAGUUCGCCUUCCCGGUAUCCUAGAAAAUGUCCAAUGUUUACUGUGGAUUUCCUUCAAGAUCGCCUACAUGGCCCUGAUGCUCUCCGUAUCGCAGGUCGUCCCAUCGGUCAAGGAGCAGAAAGCUCUGCCCAUUCUGCUCGACCCUUUCUCGGACAAAGAUUCCUCUGGUCAUUUCAUCGCCUCCACGGCAAACUACAUGGGACAAAGCCUUAACGUGUUAGUAGGAAAUUCUGAGAUUUAAAAAAAAAGAGAUUUAUCAUAUAUAUAGCUUGUACAGAUUUUUAAUGUCAAGUAGAAUGACGUCAUUCGAAAAAGCUCUGUGGAUGGCUCGCUCUCUGAUUGGUUCAUCGCACUAUUAGGGGGCGGAGCUUCAGCGAGGACUUGAGAUUUGAAAUCUGAACAGACUAUAGACAAAAUUUUUGGAAUAUCCACGGACUUUACUGGGUCAUUGUUCCAUUAAAAAAAUUUUUUUAUAUCAAAUCGUUAUAAACUUAUGAAUUAGUAUUUCUCAUCAUUUCCUGAAAAAGGUCCGUUGUUCAUCGAUUUUCUAGCUCUUACCAGUCCGUAACGUUUCCAGAAUCGUGAAAAACACGAUAAACUCUUUCAAACCGCCCCCGAUGGACGUUGAUACCGCGGCAGAUGUCCCAAAAGCCAUUUUGGACGCGACCAACAAGGUUAGACCAAGUUUGAGAAUAAUUGUAAAUGCUUUCUUCAGAUUGGAUCUCGAGGCCUCGGACUCCAUUAUCCACUUGCUUUCGACACCUUUUCGCUCAGUUUGAACAAUUCAAACACGAACUUGAUCAAGACGUACUUCAACAACUUUGCCACGACGAGCCCUGCCUUGGGCGUCUCUUUGGCCGAUUCGAUGGCUUUGUCGUUGAAGAAAGGGACACAGUACUCGAUUACGGUACGAUUUGGUGAUUAUUGUUGGAAAAAAUCAUUCGAAAAGUUUACAAACCUUUUAAGAAAAGUGUUGUAUUGUGUGGAACGAUCACUUUACUUUCCUUAGUUUUAUAAAGAUUAUCGUUUGAUAAAAAAAUAUUAAACUUGAAUAUAAUCGAGAAAUCUAAAAAAACAAAAAAAUAAGUUACCAACCAAAUAUUGGGGUAAAAACACUUCAGGCCGAUAAUGGAUCCUGCUCAGAAAAGUUGUGCGGUAGAGCGCACAAGAGCUUUGUGUAGGUUUACGGUGAUUCGGCAUCCCACAUUUAGGAAUUUCCUAGCAAUCCCUUAAGUAGGGGGCGCAAAACCCCGCCCCUUCAUGCCACCAAAAUGACGAUUUUUUUGUUGCAGAAACGGUUUUGAGGCGUUUAUACUAGCUAAAGGCCCACUUUAAAAAGGAACUGUUUCUGUUAAUCUAUGUAAUCGACAACGCUCUACAAGACUGAAUAUUUUUUUAAAACUAUGUAUUUUUUUCAAAAAAAUAAGCGAAAAAAAGUAAGAUUUAACACGAAAAACUGACAAGUUUCACAAAAUCGUCGCGUUUCAGAAAACCAAGUUAGGAACGCUUCUAAAUUUUUGAGCAUGUUAUAUAUUAACACUUUCUUUAUUUUUUUCGAGUAAAAAGUUUUUUAAAAAAAUCUAACGACGCGAAAAAAAUAUUAAAAGCUUGUAAAGUGACACCAAACUUUGAAGCUGAAAUGCGAAAAAAAUUUCAGCGACAUGGUAUACUUUUUAUUUGAUUUAAAAAAACUCACAAUGUGUUCAAAAAAAUAAAAAAAUUUAGAAUGAAAUUAAUUAUUGGGACAGCGAAUUAAAUUAUAUUUGAAUUUUUACCAAAACCUCCUUUUUUUCGCCUGCCUCGUUGACGCAUGAGAGAAUAGGAUCGCGUCUAUAUUUUUUUGAUUAUGUUAUUAAGCGUUCAAAACUCUAUCAAUGAAAAAAAUCUAACGACGCGAAAAAAAUAACGGCUUUGAAAAACCCUCGAAAAAUGGCAACUUUUUGAAAUUUUGGAAGAAUUCGUGCAAAGCAUUCGUAGCUGUGUUUGCGUCAAAACACACCAAUGCGCCAUUUUAAAUGUUGCAGGAGCCGUUUUUUUCGGAGUCAAAUUGCGCUUUUUUUCCUGUUUUUAUUUCGAAAUAACAUCAUUUUUUUCAUUUUUUUCUUUCUUCCAAAUCGAAUGAUAAUAAUUUUUUUCUGAUUAGCAAAAAAAGAAAAAAAUAAGUUGAAAAAUUCCUUCUGACCUUUUUUUCUAAGUAGUUUUUUUGAUAUUUUAUAAAAAAAUUCUUAUGAGAGUUAUACAAAAAGAUUUAUACCAAAAACAUGAGGCUCAGUCCGACAACCUCUCAGAACAGAAAACCGAUUUAAAAACGGUCCAGAAAACGCACAAAAAAACAAUUAAAAAGAAAGCGUGCGGCAGCGGGUAAACCGUGAGAUUUUUGCCUCCAGUUGUACGCCGCGCGCGCUAGUUUUCUGGCCAUAACUUUUUUUCUUAGUGGACCUUUUUUUCAAAAAAACUGAACGGAUUAUGAAAAUGGACAGUCUCCUCUAUCGAACAGUGUGAAAAAAACAUAUUUUUUUGGAUCGUUUUUGAAGAAAUGGCUUGCGGACCCUACCCUUAAGGCCUCUUUUUAAGGGCCCUUAUAAGAGACAAAAAUAGGGCCUUUAUAGGGGUCAAAAUUUUUAGAGGCACCCUUUAGAGCUGGACCCCUAUAGGGACCUCUACGAAACCGUUUUAGGGCUCUUAUAAAGAGAGCUUAGGGAUCAUUAAUGGGGUCGAAAAAUUUCAUCAAAAGCCGAAAAACGGUUUUUUUAAUAAAACAGAAAACAGACUCAUGUUAAGCUGCAUUGCACCUUUUAUUUGGCCCGAAUUUCGGUUAUAUUAAAGGCGCAUGCACAGAUAAAACCCGCGCAUUUCGAAGGGAAGGGUUCUGUAGCUCAGAGGGAAGUAAAAAUCGUGACACGCUAGCGCGUUCAUAAUGUAAUUUUUGUAAGAACAUCACUUCAAAAUUUUGAAAAUUUGAUGUGCAAGUCGCUCAUGAAAUUAUAAAAAUUUCCAUGCGUAAGUAAAUAUAAAUCAUGGUACAGACGAUCAACCACCCACUCCCGCCGUCUCCUCAAGAUUCGCUCAAAAACAAGAGUUUGAGCGAUGGGGCAGCUUUCAUCAUCGCUUACGGCAUCAUCGGUAGAAUAUUUUGUAGUUUUUGUUGACCAGAAGAUUUUUCCAGUGGCUAUGGCUAUCAUUAUUGCCGGCUACUCGCAGUUCUUGAUCCGAGAGAGAAAGAAGAAAAGCAAGCACAUGCAGGUAUUUUUUUAAUAAAAAAAGGCGGAAAUAAUAUUAUAGCCUGAAAUGUAAACUAUUUGGUUUAUCGGAAAAUCUCUACUUUUUGGCAUGUUUUUUUGUUAAAAACCAAAAUAUUUCGUCAAAGCUUGUACUCUAACAAAAGUGGCGGCGCACCUUGCGUUGAACUCUCGGUGCACCCCACAGUCUAACCAGAGGUGCCCCCCCCCCUUUUUUUUUUAAAUUCUCAUAAGGGCACUUAUACCGUACAAGUUUUGGAAAUCGUUUUUUUUUUCUUCACAUUAAAACCCAAAGUUGUUACGGCAGCUCAAAAAAAACCUUUUUUCGAGGGGUACUCCAGCUCCAACGCGGAGUGCACCGAAAAGAUCACCCAAAAGUCCAAAUUUUUUUUUUGGGUGUUGUUAGACUAAAGUGUUGUCAGAUGCUCUGCGGUCUUCGACCCUGGAUGUACUGGCUGACGGCGUUCAUUUGGGACCUCAUCUGGUACUUUCUCCGCGUCGUCGCCUUCAUCAUCAUCUUCUACGCGUUCAGCAUCGAAGUUCGCAUUCAAAACUGAAGAGAAUAUCUCGGAUCUUCCAGCAAUACACGAAAGACUUCACGACGGUGCUGAUCUUGGUGUUGGCUAUGAUGCUGUUCGGCUGGACGGCGAUCCCGUUCACCUACUGGUUCCAGUUCCUCUUCAACUCGGCUCCUCAAGGCUUCACCAUCAUCGUCGUCUACAACAUCGUCACUGGUUGACUUCGGCUCUCAGGGUUUCUCCAAUAAGGCGAUUCAGGAAUGAUCGGUUCGAUCGCCGUGCCGAUCAUUCAGCAGACGAGCAACGAUGACAUCGGAUACGUCUGGUCGAUCGUUUUCGCCUGGUUCUUCCCCACUUACAGCAUCUCCAACAUUUUCACGAUGGUAAUCGAUUUCUGGGAACAGUUUGCAACACUCGGUUCCAGGUCUACCUCAACGAGAUGGCGCGUCAGGCCUGCGCGAAGUUGGACAAGAACAAUCCGCUUUUCAGUGGAAAUACUCAGUGCUUUGGCAACGCUGAUGGUUGGAGUUGUUAUUUUUGUUUCGUUUCACAAAUUUUUUGGUUUUCUUGUACAACUUACCAAUAAUUUUGAUUUUAAGGACGUUUUUUCGGUUUAUAUUACAUUUUUAAAUCGUUUUCUUCCGUUAAUUGUUAGGUUACUUUUAUAGGACGGUGUCACUUUUGUGAAGAUUUCUAGCUCAUCCCUGGAAAAAAUUUUAGUGGCCCCUAUAGUGACGGCUAAAAUUUGGCCGUCUUUUUAGAAGUCUAAGUAGUACUACUAGAUCCCUGAAAACUACUAUAGUGACCACUAAGGCGCAAAAUAGAAACUUUUUUGUCUCAGAGAGGGCCUACUCCCAAAAUAUUCUGUUCGAUGCGACGAAGAAAGGCAUCCUGGUUUUCAUCAUCUUCUUCAUCGUACAGGUAUACUUUUCGUGCUUUUUUUUUAAUUUCUCAAUUUUUCAGGGCUUUAUCUACUGGAUCUUCACCCUCAUGGCCGAAGCCAACAAGUUCGCCGCUCUUCAAGGAUUCUUGAAAAGAAUGAUGAGAUGCGGCAAAGUUGCUCACGAAGAUGUAAGGAUUGAAUAACGAGCUAGGAAAACAUUUAGUGGCUCCUUAAGAGGUUCCUCGAAGACUAAUUGUAGAGGUCACUAAAUUGGCCAAUAAACAACCUCUAUAGAAAACUCUAUUUUGCGUCUAGUUUCUAGUGGCCUAGUAGUACCGCUUAAACUCCUUAAGAGGCCGCUGAAUUUUCGUCACUCAAGUGAACACUAAUACGACUACUAUAGUGGUUACUGGAACGUCAAAACUCUAAAGUGGCCAUUAAAAUUUUCAUAAGAGCUUGCAGUUUUGCCAGGGUUUUCAAGGCUUCAUUUUCCCAUGCCCCUGAAAAUUUCCUUUUCAAAUUUUUUCCGAUGAUACAACGUUGUUCCGUUUUCUCAUUCAAAGCCGAUUUUCAUAUCAAAUCCCUCGAUUCCAAAAAAAGACAAAAGCUGUGUUUGUUUCCAGAAAAGCCAGAUUGCGUGGGGAGAGGAGGAAAAAGCGAGCCAAGUCGAAGAUUCUGACGUCAUCGCCGAAAAAGAAAAGACACGGAAAAUGUCUCCACAAUCGGCCGCCCUGCUCACCACAGAUCUUGUUAAAUGGUGAUGAUUUUUCGAAUAUAAUUGAAUUAGGAAACCAGGUGAUGCUCUUUCGAAUAUAAAAGAAUAAGCUACGAUAUAAAAAGGAAAGAUUCAGCAAAAGGAGAAGGACGGGGGGGGUGGGCGGAAAUUCUAUAUAGAGGACAAAAAAGUGGCCCCUAUUGGGGUAAAAUUUAUGUGGUCCUUAUAAGGGUUUUGGGUCUGAUCCCUCAGCCCCUAAAGCUCAAGUGGUCCUUCGAGGGUCUCUUAAUUUUUGAUUGAAAAUCGAAACACAACAAGACACAUUUGAAAUCGCCCCUGUACGGACCACUCUGGAGUUACUAAUAUUAACUGUAUCCUUCUAGGUACGGAGACUUUAACGCGGUGAAGGGCGUCAACUUCCACGUGAACACAAAAGAGUGCUUCGGGCUCCUUGGUGUCAAUGGAGCCGGAAAAACGUCAACUUUCCAGGUCUUGUAG